AUGAGUGCUGGUAGUAUUCAAAGUGCUGAAGAUUUAAAAGAUAAUGGCAAUAUUGCCUUUAAAAAUGGUCAGUUAAAUGAAGCAGUCGAUUAUUAUACGGAAGCAUUAGCGUUAAAUCCGGAGAAAAAUUUAAAAUCAACAAUAUAUCGAAAUCGAGCUAUGGUACGUUUACGAAUGGAUGAUUUUGAAGGUUGUGAAAUGGAUGCUACUCAAGCAUUGGAAUUUAAUGGUGCUGAUGCUAAAGCACUUUACAGACGGGCCUUGGCACGAGAAAAAAUGGAAAAUUAUAAUGGAGCUGUAACGGAUGCCCGAAGUGCACUGAGAUUGGAACCUAAAAAUAGGAGUAUUAUCGAAAUGCUGCAACGAAUAUUGAAAUUGAGUGAGGAGAAGAGAAAAACUGCAAUGAAUAUGGAAAAUCGUGUGAAUGAUAUGAAUAAGCUUGCAUUUGGCGACGGUGAUUUAGAACAAAGAGCCACUGCAAUGAAUAAUUUGUUGGUUUUGUCACGAGAAUCUGAAACGGGCGCAUCACAUGUUUGGAAUGAUGGUAAAAUUAUAGAAACAUUAUUGAAAAUAAUUGAUAGCAAUUCCGCAAAUGAAGCUAUUAUGGUAGCGACAGCUCGAGUUCUGGAUGAGCUGGUGAAAAAUAGCAAUCGAGCAAUGCAUCUUGUGGAAAGUUUGGGGAUACGUCGAAUAUGUCGACUUAUGGAAAAAUGUACAUAUCCACAGUAUUUCGAUGCAUGCAGUAAUAUCAUCCAGCGUUUAUUCAAUGCAUUAGCUAAAAUGAAUCAGGAAAAGGAAAUAAAGCCGGAUCCCGAAAUUUGUGAAGCGAACAAAGUAUAUAUUAUACAAUUAAUUUUGGAACUGGAAGAAAUGUUAACUGAUGUAAAUGUGGUAGCACCACUACGUGACAUUACUAUUGAUCUUCUACUGAAAAAUCUGAUGCAUAUGGACGGUGGAUUACCGCGUGGUUGGAGUUGGAGAUUUGUCGAAGAUAGAGGUCUCCUUAAAUUGCUGCAUGUCUCAACUCAAUUACCAGAGCAAUGUGAUUAUCCGGUUACUGCUGAAACUCGACAGCACUUGGCGAUUUGUUUGACACGAUUAUAUGAUGAUAUGGUUUUCGAUACACGGCGACAAAUUUUCAAAGAAAGGGUGGAUGUUUUCUUCAACAACCUGCUUAAUGAUAUCGCUAAACCCGAAAUAAAAGUGAAAUUGGCAUGCAUGUUAACCACCUUAUUGCAGGGUCCUGUCGAUGUUGGUUUAAAUUUGGUAACAAAUGAUCAGAUUACAGCGCUGAUGCUUGAAAUGGCCAGUAGCGAUAAUAGUUUGCAACAGAGCACAGCCGUUGAGCUAAUUGUUCAUACUGUUAGUAAACAUGAACGAGCAACGACCAUUUUAAAGUUCGGCAUCCCAGUUCUGCGGAAGCUAUAUGCUUCAGAAGAUUGUAUGGUGAAAGUAAGAGCUUUGGUGGGUUUAUGCAAAUGCGCCUCAGCUGGAGGUGACGAUACAGCAAAACAAACAAUGCAAGAAGGUAGUACGCUGAAACUCGCUCAAACAUGCAAAAAAUUUCUAUUGGAUGUGGAUCAUUAUUCAGUAGAAGUACGAAGAUUUGCAUGUGAAGGAUUGUCAUAUCUGACGCUAGAUGCCGAUGUAAAAGAAUGGAUUGUUGAAGAUUCUUUGCUUCUUCAGGCAUUACUUUGUCUUGCAAAAAGCGCUGGUUCUCUUUGUGUUUAUGCUUUGGCUAGUAUUUAUGUAAAUUUGACAAAUUCUUAUGAAAAACCAAAGAUCGACGAAGAGCUUGUUAAACUUGCACAGUUUGCUAAACAUCACGUUCCGGAAACGCACCCAAAAGAUACGGAUGAUUAUGUGGAACGACGAGUUCGUUUACUUGUAGCUGAUGGAGCUACAACAGCAUGCAUAGCGAUAUCGAAAACCGAAAGCAAGAAUGCGUUAGAAUUGCUGGCUCGUGCUAUGUUGGCUUUCACAGAGUUUUCGGACUUACGAGGACAAAUUCUCAGUGAAGGUGGCGCUAAGCUUUGCCUACAUUUAUCGAAAAAUGCGACGCCGGAGGGUAAAAUCAAGGCAGCACAUGCUAUAGCAAGGCUAGGAUCGGAGGUUGACCCCUCAGUGGCGUUUCCUGGACAGCGGGCAUAUGAAGUAAUCCGUCCGUUGAUCGAAUUACUGCAUCCAGAUAUUGAAGGAAGGCCAAACUACGAUGCGCUAUUGACACUAACCAAUCUGGCAAGCAUGAGUGAUUCGGUUCGUCGUCGGAUGAUCAAAGAACGAGUCGUGUCGAAAGCUGAAGAGUACUGGUUUAUGACGGAUCAUGCACAACUUCGUGCAGCAGCUGCUGAAUUGUUCCUUAAUUUAUUGUUCUGUGAAGAUUUUUUCAACAAGAUUGUUCGGCCUGGCAAUGAUAGGUUGAAACUGUGGGUGCUGUAUAGUGCAGAAGAGGAUGAACGUCUAGCACUUGCAUCAUCUGCUGGUUUUGCAAUUUUAACUGAAAAUGAAGAAGCCUGCAAGCGAAUCAUUGAUGAGAUGAAAAGUUGGCCUGAGGUUUUGAACGACAUUUGCAUGUCUGGAAAUGUUGAAAUUCAACGCCGCGGUUUAAUUGGGAUUGCCAAUAUGGUGCAGUCAUCGGAGAAAGUUGCUUGUGAAAUUGUUGCUAGUGAGAUCUUUCGUGUACUGAUUGCUAUAACAAAACUGAAAAACAAGGAUCGUGAGCCAGCACAGAAAGAAGCACGUCGAGCUUUAGACGCAGCUGUAAAGUGGGGUAUUAUUCGGCCAACAGAUCGUGAAAUUUAUGAACGAAAUACAGGCAUUUCUACAGUACCGGAAGAGUGA